AUGCCUGAAGCGCAGCUAAAGGAUUUGCUAUGCCAAAUGUGUGAACUCAGCCAGGAGCAGCAACGAUUGUUUCACGGUCGACAAGUUCAGUUCCACACGUUACACGAGGUCUACAAUCAGGUGAAAGAAGACAUUGAGAAGUUGUAUAUUCGUGUUCCUGCACGACUGCGAUUGGAUCUUCCGCUACCGCAAGCUCUACAAUCGUCCACUGCUUCAAAUGAAGAUUUACCAGAAGUGAAUGGAGGGGCAACAGCAACAUGUCAGUUGGAGCAGCGGCUUCGAAUCCCAAGUCUCUUCGACGUACCUCACGGGAGCUCAGCAGCAACAGCAGCAGUAAAUGCAGCACGCGCAAAUUCGGGAAAUGAUGGUCCUGUGGAAAUACGGGAAGAGGGUGGUGGGCGUGGAGGUGGUGCCCUUGGAACAUGCGAUGAGGCUGGAACGGAAGCAACAGCUAGAACCGGAGGAGGAGGAUCAUCGUCAUCCAUUCAAACUAGUGCUCUGAAAAGUGCCGCGCAGACAACGCGAAACACUGAUCAGGCGACAAGUUUUUCUAACAAUGACAGACCAUAUUAUUCUGCUUUAAAUGGUCCAGGCCACAUGAAUCCAGCCGAUCCUUCAACAAGCACUUGCGAUGAUGGUUCGAAACCGCUGUUUAGCAGGCACGACCUCCGCGAAGAUUCCAGAUUUUCCGGAACUGGACCUGCGCAUGAGAUUUUUUCAAAGACAGGCCCUGAGUUUUUGCGGAACAAUUCCAGUGGCCACUGUGUAUCACUGGGAAAUUUUGAAAACUCGUCAAGCUUCGGUCAAAUUUCUCAUGCCACUGGACGACCACUGCUUGGCGCAGCUGAAAAUUCAUCCGCGUAUCAUCGUGCGGCACCGGCUCCUACACAGACAAGUGCUUCGUCGAACAAAUUGAGCUCAGAAGGAGUCGAUACUGCUACGCGUAUGAAGGGACAGCACAGUCUGAUGCAUUCCGGACUUCAGGAUGUGAGCAGCUUUGCCAGCUUGAUGAAGCCUCCUUCUCCAGCUCCGGCAGCGACGCAUCCUGAUUUUCCUGUUCCACUGAGGACUGUUGGCCCAAUGAAUCCGGAAAAUUCAUGUCGGCACGAUUCCUCACAACCUUAUCACUCCACUUUCAAACAAACCGAAAUGUCUCGACCGCAGCUUCCAAAUCUCUCGGAACCGCCGCCACCAAUUGGAGCUGCUCCAAUGACAAAUUCAGAGAUGUUGUCAAAUCAGUCGGGAACAGCCUUUCUCAGUACAAUGCAGAAUUCGAAUUUGCCACCAACGCAGCAAGCACUAUCUUCGACUGGCGCUGGUUUCGCUCCCUCUUGCUCCUCUCCUUCUGUCCAGUCGCUGUCCUCGAAUGCCUCAACCACUGCGGUGAACGCUUUGCCCGUAAUCAGCAGCACCUCGUCACAGAAUCUGCAAGCUCAGUCCAGUGCGUCUAGCUUGCUGGCAGCACUGCAUUCCGGAUCAACUGCAGUCAGCAUUCCGCCUCCCGAUUUCUCAGUACCUCCACCGAUGGCGCCACCAUUUACUGCGCCCUCAACAAGGACAAAUUUGACCGCUGCUGCACCUGCUACUGUCACCAAGAAUAAUUUGAUGCAAAGCACAUUUGGUAAAGAAUCGGUUGGCAUGGCUUCCACCGACUCGGCAGCAGCUCCAUCAAAUGCCCAUAUCCAGAGAACCGUGCAGGCUUCGUUGACGACUGAAGUGAAGGAAGUUUUACCGGGCAGCAUGGGAUUGCCUGGCUUCCCGGCAAUGAACGUUCCACCGCCUUCGUUUUCUGUUCCACCUCCUCGUGCACCGCCUGCUGCUGCUACUGCUCCUCCUGCAUUUUCCACUCCUCCACCGAUGGCUCCUGGUGGCGCAGCUUCAGGCUCAAGAGCUAGCAGUCUAGCUGCUCCCAUGUCCACGCCGUCACUGAACAUCAUCUCAGGCGCAUCUGUCAAUUUGAAUUGUCCUCCUCCGGACAUGUCCCAGCCUCCUCCAAACAUUCGUAACUCGAUGAGUGCAAGCAAUUCAGAAAGCGUCCAACAGAUGGUUUCUGCAAUUGUAAAUCAAUCUGCGGUCAGUGGCCAGUCGCCAGUGGACGUUGUCACCGAAAUGAUCGCGAAUGCCUAUGGUAGAAGUGGCGGCCUUAGGCUUCAUGACGUUCUGCCGCUCAGUAACCAAAGAGUACCGAACGAAAGCGCCAUAACAAAUAACAAAACUAGAGCUCCAACUACCAGGGGUCCACCAAGGCCUCUUUCCUCAAUCGGCAAAUUGGUGCCACCGCUGAGGCGAUCUCCAUCGGUGGCUCGUGCUGCUGGUGGUGCUGCUUCUUCCGCCAGGAGUCCUAAUUUCAAUAAACAAAAAGGACGACACAGCCGAACUUCAAAAGUUCGCCCGCAUAUCAGACGUCAGAAGCGGCACAUAAGCGAUGUUGUGGCUAUUAUUCCAGACGAGCAUGAGGUGCCCAACGCAAGCGAAAGUCAGAGUGACAAUAUUUUUCUAAUAAUGUCUGAUGACGAGGAUGACAGCAAAUGA